CAGACCGCACACAGCGCGCGCGGACAAACAUGCGGGGAUUCGAACCGCGCCGAGCAGCGCGUGUGGCUGGGCGGGAGGGUGACGGAGCCAAAUAGAGGCAAAUGUGCGGCAGGUCGUCCGGCUCGGUCUGUGCCUGACUGUAAACCUCCUCCUGAGAGAAAUAACAGCAGCCAUGGAGAAGCGCGAGCCGCGGAAACCCAGGGCCACUAAACACCAGGACAGAAAGCGCGCUGUCGGGAAACCGUUCCGGAAGAAGUCGUUUAAAUCAGUCGGGACUUUCAUGGCGAAGAUUUUCAAAAGUUUCGGCUCCUGGACUCGCAGCAGAGACGCGGCCGAGCCGCUGGACGCCGAGGACGAUGACGGCGGGUUCCGGGUCGCUGCGCCGUGUAGCGGCUCUGCGGCUGUGAAGGAAGACGAGCGGGACCGGGCAGCGGUGAAAAGUUCAGCCUCGCGCGCUUCACUGAAAGAGCGCCUUUCGUUAUCUUACGGCGAGAAGACCCCCGGGGUUCUGGGUCUGAAGAACCACGGGAACACCUGCUUCAUGAACGCGGUGGUGCAGUGCCUGAGCAACACCGACCUGCUGGCUGAGUACCUCGGGCUGGAGCACUAUAAGACGGAUCUCGGUGAAAACAUGAUGAAUCACCGAAAGAAAGUGAGGAGCGAAGAGGCGCAGCUCGCCCCGGGGGAAGUGACGGAGCAGCUGGCGGCGCUCGUGAGGGCGCUGUGGACGCUGGAGUACACGCCGCAACUCUCCGUGGAGUUUAAGAUGAUUGUGUCCAAAUAUGGCUCUCAGUUCCGAGGGAAUUCCCAACACGAUGCUCUUGAGUUCCUGCUGUGGCUGCUUGACCGCAUCCACGAAGACGUCAACUCUUCAUUAUCGUUCCCAUGUGGAAACAGAAUCAAAACCAGUGGAAAGGGUAUUGCAGGAGCAGAGGAACUGGCCAUCUCCGAGCUUCCAGAUCAGCAGCCUGGUGUACGUCACAGCUUUGUACAGGAGCACUUCCAGGCCCAGUACAAGUCAUCUCUGACAUGUCCUCAUUGCCUUAAGCAGAGUCACACCUUCGAUCCUUUCCUUUGCAUCUCUCUUCCCAUCCCUUUACGUCAGACCAGGCCACUGUGUGUGACUCUGGUGUUCAGCACUAAAGGGCAGAGAUACUUAAGAGUGGGACUGGCUGUGCCUUUAUUCGGCUCUCUGGCUUGCCUGCGCAGAAUGGUGGCAGAUGAGGGCAAGAUCUCCCCGGACCAAGUGAUAUUGACUGAAAUUUAUACUACUGGUUUCCAGCGUUCUUUUUUCGAUGAGGAUGACUUGACCAGCAUUGCAGAAAAUGACGUCAUAUAUGCCUUCCAAGCCCCGCCCCUUUACAUCAGGGGAGGAUCUACCAGGAUAUCAGGUUACCACCACAGUCUCCCUUCUUCCCCGUACUCCUCGUCUGGGCCUGAGUCUCAGAGACUGGUUGCAUCCGGGGCACUCUCCUCGGAGUUCCUCAACCAUGGAGGUGCAACGGCAAAGAUUCUCCUGCUGGUGUGUAACGCAGCUGGAGCAGGCCAACAAGCCGUGAGGUUCGGGCCUCCGUUCCUGAUGAGAGAGGAUAGGUCCGUGUCAUGGGAUCAGCUGCAGCAGAGCAUCCUCAGUAAGCUCUACUACCUGAUGAUCAGUGGAGCCCAGCCACAGAAUAACAGAGUCCUGUUUAAGAUCCGCGUUGUCGGGGGAUCAGCGUCCUGUAGCUACUUGAGUCCGCAGGACGGACGCCCACUUUACCAUCCUGCAGUAGACAGAGCUCUAAAGCUGUGUGGCUCAGGCGGUCCUCCACAUGUGAAGCUGAUUGUGGAGUGGGAGCACAGAAUAAAAGACUGUCUCUUUGGUAACAUUCAGGAGGAGGUGGUGAAGGAUUGUGAGAGUGUUCGAGCCCAGCAGCAGCAGCAUGUUCAGCAACAUAGCUGCACACUGGAUGAGUGCUUUCAGCUUUAUACUAAAGAAGAGCAGCUGGCUCCAGAUGAUGCUUGGAAAUGUCCUCACUGCAAGCAGCUACAGCAAGGCAUGGUUCAGAUGAGUCUGUGGACACUCCCAGACAUCCUCAUCCUCCACCUCAAGCGCUUCAGGCAGGUGGGUGAACGACGAAACAAGCUCUCCACUCUUGUGCGCUUCCCUCUCACAGCCCUGGACAUGGCACCCCACAUGGUCAAGAGGAGCAACUGCACCCGUCUGCCUUCCACAUGGAAACAUCAAAGGACCGAAACAAACCAACAUCCUGAGGACUUCUUGUAUGACCUGUACGCUGUGUGUAACCAUCAUGGAGGCAUGCAUGGAGGUCACUACACAGCAUACUGCAGGAACUCCGUGGAUGGCCAGUGGUACAGUUAUGAUGACAGCAGUGUAGAGCCAGUGCCUGAGGGGGAAGUGUGUACACGGGGGGCUUAUAUCCUCUUUUACCAGAGACGCAACAGCAUCCCUGCAUGGUCAGCCAGCUGCUCGCUCCGAGGCUCGACUUGCUCCUCCGUGUCUAAUCACUGGCUCAUCCGUUUGACGUCUGUAUCAGAAGAAAGCCAAACCUUGAGUCCCACGACCAAGACCUCGAGCUGCUCCUCAGCUCCUGAACCUCAAACACCAACUGCUCCUGUUUUCCAUGAGCAGCCCAAAGGAGAUGCUGAUGGAUUUGAGUCGAGACCAUUUGUCCGUGGCACCCAGGGCCGUAGUGUAAGCCUGCGCUCGCCCACCAAGAACAAGGAGAACCUGGGCAAAGUGCUUCCCUUACGGUGGUCUUUUGGCUCCAAGGACCGUAAGAAAGUCGCUUCUGUCCCUCAGUCUACACAACCACAGCCUGGAGAACUGGUGGAGUACCUGGAAUCUGGACGGAGGCCACGGUGCACCAAGGAGCCCAUAGUGAGCCUGGUGGCGAGUCCUGCUCAAGGUAAAGCCCAGGUUCCUGGGGAAGACGCUCUGAGCUCACCGAGUGGCAGCAGCAGCUUUAGUGGAGCGGAGCGAGGAAGCUGUCGUGAGCCAGACUCACCUCGAGUACCUGAAGGCCAGAGUAGACCAGCUUCAGACAGAGGCACUACUAAGGGCAGAGAUGACGGUUUUCUAGCCAGGAGGACUUCAAAGAGGAGGCAGGAGCAGCACGUAAAGUCUCAAGAUGGUCAGUCUUGCCGAGAAUCCACUGCUGGGCUUCAGCCUGGUACUAGCACAAGCGAAAGCAAAGAUUCCACAUUAAAGCAACUUUGGAACCAGCCAGCUGGAGCUACCAGGAUUUUAUGUAGUCAAAACCAGCAAGAUGAUGUUGCAGCGAGCAGGACUGAGGAGAUUCCGGGCAUCCCAGCAUUCCUUAUGCCGGGCAAUGUUAAGAAGGACAGCCAGUCAAAGGACAUGCGUGCCAAAGAAGGAAGUCAAGGAAGAACACCAACAAAUAAGAGCUCAAACAAGCUGUCUGUGUCCAACGGCACUCCAAAUGGACUGGUGGUGGAGGAGAAAAAAGGCAGCAGCACACAGAGGAGCAGCAGUGCACGGUACUACAACAAGACUCUGAUCAAUGCAAAGGAAACCCGCAGUGGGGGGGAUAUUAAGCGAGCUCUGAGCUCUUCCAGCCUUCAAAGCAGACUGGAUCUGAAUCUGCGGAGGACCGUGUCCUUGCAGAGGAACGGGCUGCUGGUUCCUCCUCAGAAAGGACAGACUGCUGAUAAACCAUCCUACAGUACAAUGCAGAGGAACAGAUACAGCACCACUUCACUAGGCAGACAGAGACCAGUGCCCGAGUCCUGCUUCUGAUAUCAGGACAGCUGAAGCGUGCAAGUGUCGGUUUAGGUGCAGAUAAUUCCAGUCCGAGUGCCUCCCUGAAGAGAAGAUAGUUAGAAGAUAUUUCACAAAGGCUCGGGUUGAAUGCAAGAAAACGUACAAUGUUUUACUAUGAGCAAAACGAAACUGCGUUUUUAAACAAAUCAUUUUUAAUAAUGUUAUUUUUAAGUAGCCCACAAAUUAAAAUGAUUUGAACUAGAUUAUUAUUUAGCCGUUAUCCCCAGACUUUCACAUGUCUUGAAGUUAGCAUUCUGUCUCGCAUCCUUUUAUCCAGUGUAUCGUCCCUGUGCUGUGGCUCUAGACACGCAAAGUAAUGGAAUGAUGAAAGUUUCAUUCUUUUGUGUCACGCUUCAAAUAAUUUGCUGUCAUGUAAGGAACGAAAACAUAACAGGACAUGCUGUUCUAGGAAAAUAAUCAACGACGAUGUAGAAUAACGUUUGCUUAUAAGAGUUUUAUUCGUCUUAUACCACAGCAAUUUGCCAACGAUUACAAUUCUUUGUUUCUUACAGAACAACACAUCAUACUUUUUAUAUUAAAUUAAAUGCUAUAUUUAAUACUAUGGAACAUCCAUGAAAAUGAGUUAAUUCUUAUAACUUGUGCUAUGGCAGCUAUAAAUAGUCAUUCCUACACUUCAUCUUGAAAUUAAUAAAAUAAAAGCAUGCAGCUUGUUGCAAAGAAGCCAUACAUAGCAAACUUGCCUGUCCUGGAGACUUUCCCGUGGCAUGUCUGACUGUUACAUGGUGCUGACUCUGGACACUCCGUCCAUAAAUGUUUCUUAACAGCUACUGUACAUCUCUGGAAAUGAGCAGUUAGUAUAGAAACAAUAACUUGUUAGAACAACUGCAUGAAUAAAAACCUCUGAUCAGUCAGCACUACUGUCAAAGCCGUGCUGUUAUGGAAAAUUAAUCAACAUCAUCUGAACAAUCAGAAUCAGGAAUUCAACAGUGCUGUGGUAUAAGAGAAUAUAAUGUGAGGAUUAGCCGACGAUGAGGGUUAAUAACGGUAGCUAAUGACAGAAAUGUCUAAAAUCGCAUGAAAUCAAAUGUCAUCACAGCCUAUUGGGUAACUUUGAUCUCCAGCUUUGGUUUCAAAACCUCAUCUCAUCUCAUUAUCUCUAGCCGCUUUAUCCUGUUCUACAGGGUCGCAGGCAAGCUGGAGCCUAUCCCAGCUGA